AUGUCCAAUAAUAAUGAAGAUAAUGACAGUGAUUUUAAAACACCACCCUCGAGAGUACCCCAGCUGACGGGGCUUUCAGAUGAUGAUCAUCAUGACGCUGAUGAAAGCGGGCUUGGGGUUCCCGCCUGGGAUGUUUUGUCUAAAAGGUUUCCCAACACUGCUCAUGUUUUAUGCGAAUUAAAUGAGGUUAUCAAUCAUUCCCGAAUUACUCUCUCGGAGUUUAGAAGAACUGUUUCUUCUUUUAAAAUGGAUAAAAAUGAUAAUUCUCGGGUAGGGGAGUGUAAAAAACUAAGUAAUUGUAAAUUAUUCACACGAGAUGCCAGUGUUUCAACCAUUGAAACGCAAACUCCAGCAGAAGAUAUUGAGCGGGAUGGUUUAAAAAUGAGUGAUUGUAAAAAAUUAAUGAAAGACGCUAGUGUUUAUAGUAAUAUUGAUUACGUGCCGGAAGGUUUAUCAAUGGGUUCUAUAGAGAACGAUGACGAUGAUGAGGAUAAAGACUGCGGUAAAAAGAAACCACUGUUUUCUUCGUUCUCGUCUCUUUUUUUUAACUCCUGCUCGUACGAUCUAAGAUAUUCAAGGGAAAAUACUUUUUCAGCUUCGAUAAACGCAGUUGGAGAUGAAAGUAAAGUUACCGAGUCAAUGUAUCGAACUGAAAAAGCUCAUCCGCUUGUUAAGGAUUCGGAAUUAAAGUCCGCUAAUAAAAGUACUCCGUUCGCGAAACACACGGAAGCAAUUAAAAGUCGCGAGUCGAGCGGUAGUUCGGAUCAAGACUACAAGGGAGCAGAAAUAUUGACUCCGACAAUAACGACCAAGGACGCGGUAUUCAGAUCGGUCGAGCCAAGAAUAUCAACGCCAGUGAAUGAUAAAUUGAUAACGGCCAUUAGGGAGCCUACUUCACCCCAACCAGAAAGUAUCCAGUCACGUGAGACUUGUAGGCUGUCUACUCGAAUAGAUGAACCACAACAAAAUUAUGUACUAAAUAAUCCAUCCAUCCGACGUCGAGCUUCGCGAGCCUCUUCAAUUCCCAUCAGUCAAAAUGCCAAAAGUAUUUUUAUUAUAAAUAUUUUAUUAGUUCACUCACUCAAGUAA